AUGCCGACGUCACUCGAACUUCUCAUUGAGAUGGGAAAGCUGGCCCUAAACGGCCAGACUGCAAUGAUUACCGGCGGAUCCGGCGGCAUCGGCAGUGCUCUCACAAUCUUGUUCAAGCGUGCUGGCUGCAAUGUUAUUAUAACUGGCUCCAAUGAGGACAAGCUCAACACCUUCUUGAAGUCGCUUCCUACUGAAGGAGGUAAAGCGUGGGCGUUCGCAUGCGACCUUCGCAACCGUCAACAGGUCAACACAAUGGUCCAAAAAGCUGCCAAAGAGUGCCCUCCCAUCAACAUUCUUAUCAAUAAUGCUGGGUAUGCGCUCACGGCGAAUGCACCCUUCUGGGAGCAGGACAUGGACAAUGUCGAAUCGGUUAUGGAUGUGAAUCUUAAUGGCCUCAUGUCCGUUACCCACGCCGUCCUCAAAUACCACAUGAUGACCCGCAAGCCCCAGCCCAAGGGGACGAUCGUCAACAUCUCAAGUAUUACCGGCCAUCAAGCGCCUCUGAAGGAGAGCUUCGAGGCUUCCUACCACACUUCCAAGAUGGGAGUGGAAGGGUUUUCAAACGUUCUGCGUCACGAGCUGGUCGGCACUAACAUCCGUGUGCUCAUCAACCGGCCCGGAACAGUACGCACGGAAUUCCACAGCCGUCGCCACAUGUACGAUCCUGAGAAGACCGAGGCCACCUACGCAGGGGCAUGCCCGCUUGUCGCACAAGAUAUUGCGGUUGGAUGCCUCUAUCAGUGCCUGCAGCCUGAACGCAUCUCGAUUGUCAUGCUGGAGAUGUUGGUAUGA